AUGAGCGGUACUCCCAGCGCCAGCACAGGAAAGGGAGAGAAGGGAGAGGAAAAGGCUAAAACCUCUGACCCCAACGCUGGAAAAAUCUCCAAUCCCGCUCUACACGCUAUAGCCAGAACUACCAACAAAAGCGCUGCAGAUUUAGCAGCACCAAAAAAGAGCGGCCCCUCUAUAAAUCGAACUCCAACAAGUAGUCCGCGCCAGAACGAUGAAGACGCCGCUAAGUUAGAGAAGGAGAGGUUAGCACAGAUAAGCAAGAAGCAAAAGAUAGCAAAGAAGCAAGAACAUAAGAAAAUGAAAGAGAGAGAGAAGAAGGAAAUAAAGGAGAGAGCGAAGAGGGAGAAGGAGAGUAAUAAAGGGGAACUGAGCAAGAGCGGGAAGAAGUGA